CAGAAGCUAUUGGUUACCAUGCCAACAAAAUUAAGGCCAGUUGGAUUCUUGUGUUUUUUAAGUGCUAUACUGUGAUGCUAUAGCCAAUGAAACGGUUUGAUAAAUGGCUGAAAUAGACGACUGUGAGAUGAUGACUGUCCUUAUUGAACGCAGGUCUGUGUAAGUACAAGCUGGCUCCAGCUUAUUCCUGCUAAUUUUUAUGGACAGCAAUUGACACAAAAAUGUAUACCUCGGUGGUAAUUGUAAGAGUGGUCAGUCACAUUGUUUGGUCAGUGUGAGAGAGAGGUGUUGGUCAUUUUAUUAUCAGGGCCAUUCAGCCCCGUGGUUGGUCAGUAAUUAUCCAGUAUUGUUUGUAAUGUGAAUGGCUGAGGUUUAUCUAGCUGUUAGUAGUAUACACCUCUUUAUCUUGUGACUCCAUGGCUAGUUACUAUACACUAAUUAAUCAUUUUAUCAGGUCAGGAGGACUGUCCACAGUAACAUGGUCUAAUCAUCGGUCUCACCACACUGACCACUGAAACAAAAACGUCACAAGUUCCUCCAGAUGAAAUUCCGUGGAUUCCAUCACUAGGGAUUCUCUGUGCAUCCGAGGUGUGGCCAAAUACUGGACGCUGUGUAUACCACGCUGGACAAGGACAGCUGGUCAUCCGUGUCCAUAUACACCUGCAGACAAAAAUACAGAUUACCUCAGUGAGCCCUUGUGGACAGUAUGGAAGUUGACAUUUAAUUUGGGAUAAAGAGGUUGACAUACAAUCAAUAUAGAAAGGGAUGAAAACUAUGACAGAAUAGAGAAAAAGAAAUGAAGAGUAAUGCAGCAUUAUGGACUUUGAGCCCUUAAGUCCUUCCCCUGGGACCCAGCCCAGUCCUGAUAUGGCACUCGCUCUCACCUCAGCCCCUAACUCCUACGGGGGCAAGCUUUCCCCAAUCAGCAAGUACCACAUAGAACAGGGAUCAGAGUCAGGCAGACUCUUUAAUUCCAAGAGCCUGGGUGAAUCAGACACUGCCAAUCUAAGUUUAAAGUUCAAGUUGCCAGUUCCUGGAAAUACUGAAACGACAAAUGGAUCCGGAUCAGCAGAGUCAGGCAUGGAGUCAUCAGACUCAAUAUCCAGUGCUUCCCCACCAGGGAAGGAGGAGGAAGAAGAGGAAAUGAAUGAGGAAGAAGAAGAAAGCUCGGUGAAGGAUGAUGAGCCUGUGGACUGUGCUAAUUGUGACAGUGGUUACCCUUCUUUACAGUCCUACAUGGAACAUAAGUGUGAAGGAGCUGAUCCAUCGCCGUUCAGGAAUAGAACGCCACUAGAAAGAACAAACCUUGCGACUUCAAGUAAUAAUGUGGAGGAUGAUUUCAGUGACGGGGAAAGUUUUGAUGGCAAAAUUGUGUACAAUUCGGAUGGUUCUGCUUAUAUAAUUGAGGGUGGAGACUCGGACCUGAGUGACCUUGAUUCCAUUAUUGACUUGCCUCAUCAAGAAGGUAUUAUCAUAGACAGGAAAGGCAGUGAUAUUCACUCACAGGUCUCGGCUUUCCCCUAUGUUGCUAAUGCUUUCUUCGUUCCUAGAAAUCCAGCUUCUGUGUUGAACAGUAUUUAUAGUGCUCCCUCGUCCCAUCCCUACCCCCACCAGGCCCCGAUGAUGUUCAGCUAUCGUGUGUAUGACGUCCGUUCAGGGAAAACAAAGACAGACAAGGCUGAUAGUAGUGAUAUGGAUGGCAGUGCGACUGCUGAUAGAAUAUCUACCUCAGACGCAAGUAAAGGUUGGACCUCGGUACCAACAAAACCUAUUCUCAUGUGUUUUAUAUGUAAACUGUCCUUUGGUUACGCAAAGUCUUUCACAGCACACGCUGAAACUGAGCAUUCAAUGACACUGAACAGUGAAGAGGUGACAAUCAUGUCUCAGAAAAAUUCAUCUGCCAUUAUACAAUGUGUGGGCAAGGAGAAAGAACCCCUCAUGUCAUUCUUGGAACCCAAACCUGGGAAAUCACUUCCAUCUAACGAACCCCCAUCUCCCUCAGCCAAACCUUCUUCAAAAGAGUUGUUUUCGCCCACAAACAUGUUAUGUUCCAGCUAUCCAGGUAGUCUGAAGGAUACAACCUCGGUCAGUUUCGUGUAUUCCAAGCCAAAGCUCUCUGACAACCUCAUAGCUAACUCAAGUCCACUGAUGAUGCAGUUGAAAACUGAGAAAUUACACGACCCUAGUACUCAGGGAUUAUCUGACUCUAAGAGGAUAGAGGCCACAGGGGGCAGUGCCAAGUCAGGGGUUAACCAUGGUGCUAUGCUGGACUGUGCUAGUGUUCAUAGUCAAGGGACAAAUUUUAACAAAUCUGUAUGUAACCUCAGUGAAACCUCAGGAAUCAAGGAUCAUAGUGGGGGGUCUGACUUUGACCUUGAAACAUCUUCAGUGAAGGACGUGUCACUUCAGAGUGAAAACGUUUACCCGAGUUCUAGCAACCACAGACAAAGUCUAGGUAUGUCUUCUAGUGCUUCUUGUACUGUGCCAUCUCUUACCAUGUCAUUGCCCAUGGCAACCAGCCACCCGUCAUCAGUGUUCCUUGGGGUGUGUGAGGACCACCCACAGGGGCGUGCCCAGGGCGUAGAAUGCCCAAAGUGUGACAUGAUUCUGAGCUCUUCUCAGUCUCUCGGAGGUCACAUGACCAUGAUGCAUUCUCGUAACUCGUGCAAGACACUCAAGUGUCCGAAAUGUAACUGGCAUUAUAAGUACCAGGAGACGCUUGAGAUCCAUAUGAAAGAAAAGCACCCUGAUAAUGAUCAACAAUGUAUCUACUGCAUGACAAACCAGUCGCACCCUCGCCUGGCACGUGGGGAGAGCUACUCAUGCGGCUACAAACCGUAUCGCUGUGAGGUAUGUAACUAUAGUACAACUACGAAAGGAAACCUCAGCAUACACAUGCAGUCUGACAAACACCUCAACAAUGUACAGGAGUUGGCGAAUGGAGGCGAGGUCAAAAUGCCGCCCCAACAGCCUGUUCCAACCGAGACAGCGGUACAGCAAAUGAAGAAGAACAAACCCAAGCCUACAUGGAAGUGUGAUGUCUGCAACUAUGAAACAAAUGUGGCGCGGAAUCUGCGGAUUCACAUGACGAGUGAGAAGCAUACACACAACAUGAUGGUCCUUCAGCAGAACAUGAAACAUAUGCAACGUGACAUGCAGAUACAGCAACUGAAUCAGUUGAUGCUUUUGCAGAAUGAUCCAUCAUUCCUUGCCGGCAUGUCAUCCCCUAUGACCUCACAGGGGAACAUCCCGUUCGGCUACGACCAGAGUAUGAUGAUGGCAAACAUGCAAGGACCGUACGGUGAAAUUCCAAUGGAUCUGCGAAAAGAGAAUGGAGGGAUGGGUGUUGCUUUUGACCCUCAGACCCCAGACGCUGCAAGAAUGUAUUCCUGUUGUGUUUGUAACUCAUACGCAACUGACUCUCUCGAAUCUCUUCAUCAGCAUUUACAACUUGACCGUACCAAGCAGCGAGAGCAGGAAAACAUCAGUGUGUCACAGGGUACCUACAUGUGUAGUUUGUGUACAUAUAAGACCAACCUGAAAGCCAACUUCCAGCUGCACUGCAAGACAGACAAGCAUUUACAGCGACUUCAACUGGUCAACCACAUCAAAGAGGGAGGGGCCAGCAAUGAGUGGCGACUCAAGUACCUGAACGUCAGCAAUCCAGUGCAGGUCCGCUGUAACUCUUGUGACUACUACACCAACAGUAUCCACAAACUCCAGAUCCACACUGGUAAUCCACGCCAUGAGAGUAACGCCCAACUCUUUGUCCACCUCCAGAUGUGUGAGACAAAACUCAACGCCAACUCCAAAUACUACUACUGUAGCCUGUGUAAGUUCUCUACCCGCGCCAAACUCAACCUCAUUCAACAUGUCCGAUCGCUCCGCCACCUGCGCAGUGAGGGCAUCAAGCAGAUGCAGAUGAAGGAAGAUGGUCAAGUUGACAUUGACCCUGGCGAGAUCUACAUGGUCAAGGAGUAUGACGAAGGCAAGGACAAAAUCCUGUUUGAUGAUGAAGAUGGAGAAGGAGAGGGUGAAGAGACGAGAGCUUUAGUCCACGACAAUGAGCUACAGGACAGAAAAGCUGAAACUCCUGGUCUGUACAACAACAACAACCCUAUCACAAAGUCUAUCAACUCCACCAGUACGCCAGAAUCGAGUAACACAGAAGGAGGAGAGGAACACAUCCAUGUGUGUCCCUACUGCGACUAUAGUAGUGUGAACGAGGUUCGCAUCCAGGCCCACAUUUUCUCCCAGCAUUCACAGCAGCCCAAGGAAAUCUGCUGUCCUCUCUGUCAGGAAGAAUUCAAGGAAAAGUCUCGCCUUGAAAAGCAUCUCACGUCCAUGCACAACGUCAAACCAGAGGGACUUCAUCGUCUGCUUUUGAUGGUCGACAAAGGUGAUUGGAUCAUGCCACCUACAAAUGCCAUUGGGCACUCCUCUGUCAUUCCUCAACUUCCAAUCGAUGAAUCAGAGGAGAUAAACAUGGAAGCCCUGGAGGCUGAAGCAGCCAAGAUGGCAGCAGAAGAUGCUAUAGACACUACUGCGGGUGCUGACAAGAUCAAUGAGGAUGAUCAAUACAGAUGUCAAACUUGUUCAAAGACUUUUGGUAACAUUGAUGCACUGUAUGCUCACCAAAACGAGCUGGGACAUUUAGAACUGAAGCAAACACCCAGGGGACCAGGAUACUUGUGCUGGAAAAAAGGUUGUAACCAGUACUUCAAAACAGCCACAGCAUUACAGGUCCAUUUCCGUGAAAUCCAUGCGAAACGGCAGCCAGGCACUGGACUUGAACACCAAGUGUAUAAAUUCAGGUGUAAUCAGUGUAGCCUUGCUUUCAAAUCUCCCGACAAGCUCCAGCUUCAUCAACAGUAUCAUCUCAUCCGUGCAGCUACCAGAUGUAGCUACUGUGCUCAUACAUUCUGCUCUAUAGCUGCAUUAAGGAAGCAUAUUGAAAUGGACCACACAGAUUUGUCAGAGGCUGAGAGAGAGCAGCAUAGUAUUGUUCUCAACGAAAGCUCUGCAGCUCUGUCAAACUUGCUACAGACUGCCAGGUUGGAGAAGGUUCUAGGUGGUGGCUGUCCAUCCUUUCCCACUGAGGGCAGCGGAGUUCUGAACUCAGAAGAAUCUCCAGAUAUGGCAACAGAUUGUUCAAAGACUGAUGUGAAUUCCAAUGAGACUGGAGAGAAAGUCUUAGUAAAGCCAGAAAUUAUGGACACAAAUUCAAACGAGGGGCUCAACCUCUCUGUAGACAAUGGUGAUGAAAAUAGUGCAAGUUCUCCUGAAAGUGCCACAAAGGAGGAUGGUACUGAUGGGAAUUACAAAGAACAACAAUUCUUGGAGGACUACAUUAACAGCCAGGCCAUCGCUGAGGGAAGCUAUGAGGAUCCCUCCCGCAAAUACAAAUGUCAUCGCUGUAAAUUAGCAUUUACUAAACAAAACUAUCUCACAGCCCACAACAAGACACUACUUCACCGUCGUGGGGACAAGUUGAGUUACCCGAUGGAGAAAUACCUGGACCCCAACCGACCAUACAAGUGUGACGUGUGUAAGGAAUCCUUCACUCAGAAAAACAUCCUACUGGUACACUACAACUCGGUGUCACAUCUUCACAAGCAUCGACAGGUGUUACAGCAGGGAGGCACUUCCACCUCAUCUCAAUCACCACAACUGCCAAACACUCAUCCACAGACUUCACAGCCUCCUCAAAACCCCACAGAGACAAUAACCACCUCAUCAGAUCCCUCAUCACCUAGCAACCCAACAUCAGUGUCACCUGUGUUAGCAGAAUCUGAUAAAUCCAAGCCAUACAAAUGUAAUAUUUGUAAAGCUUCCUAUAGUCAAGGGUCAACACUGGACAUCCAUAUCCGGUCAGUGGCACAUCAGACCAAGGCAUCUAAACUUCAGGAACUUGUACUGACUGGACAAGUGGACUUGUCUCAGCCUCUCAUUGAACAGCCAAAUGACAAGAACAUCUCGCCGCAGCAUCAGAAGAAGAUCUUGGCCGAGAUACUGCAGCAACAGCCUCUCAUGUCUGUAAACAGCAGCCAGCCACUGAUAUUUCCAGGUAUCACAGCAGGAAUUUCAGGGAUCACCACCGGACUUCCACCAAUGUCUUUACUUCCUGGACUUCACCAUGUUAUCACAACAACAGCGCAGAACAAUUCAUUGGUAGAAUCUGUGUCUAGUCAACAAUCAUCAUCUACAAAAACAUCAUCAAAUGAAACUACAUCAUCUUCAUCAUCCAAUAAUCACAACAACUGCCAAGAAUCAUCAUCGUCAUCACAUAUCAAGAAAGAAAUUGGAAUAAGCAUUAAGAAGGAUCCUGAAAUGUCAGACAGCAUUACAUCUAUACCAUUCAGUGUUCAGUCUCAACAACACCAACAAUUGGUGAUGCAAUCCUACCUCAGUCAGCAGGGCUCAAAUCCUGGUCCAAUGGCCAUGGCAUCCCAGUCGGCCAUCAUGAGGCCACGUAACUUUGCCAGCCGUUUGAAGACCCAGGUUCAAAGGAACCUGUUGGAAAACAUUGGGUUUGAGUGUGUGAUGCACUUUAAUGAGUUCAACCAACGCACAAAGCCUGUAGUGAAAACAGAUGAAGAGGAAAUUGAAGGUGAGAAGAAAGAGAAAGAUAUGGAAGUGGAUCAGGAAGAAACGGUUGCUGUCAAAACUGAGAAAGAAGAAGAGGCUUCUGAGGCAUACCUGUCAGACUUACCUGAGCUCAACAAGUGUGUGUGUAGCACAUGUCUGAAGGAGUUUUCCAGUGUGUGGGUACUCAAGGCUCACCAGGAGGAGGUCCACAAGGAGGUUGUUCCCAUUGACAUGAUCGAAGACUUCGGUGAGAAAUUCAGAUGUGAUUUGGAAAAGAAACAACCAAAAGAUUCAGAAAAUGCACCCAAUUCUACGGCCCAAGCAGAGUUGUCAAAUGGUCAACAGAGUGGCGAAGCAUCAAAUGACAAUAACUCUAGUCAAGAGAUGCCCCCUCCCCCUCCACCCCCGCCCCAAAUGAGCCCUCACAUGGACAUCUCAUCUGUCAUGCCAAUGCACAUGCCAUUUGCUAUGGCAAUGAAUAUGCCAUUCGCUAUGGCAAUGAACAUGCAGCCUCCACUAAUGCCGAUGAUGUUCCCACUUGGCACUGAUAAAAUGGUGUCCCCAUCAACGAGUCAAGCAGAGAAUAAUCUACAGCAGCUUCAGAAACAGCAGCAGCUAGCUCAGCAUGCUGCUGCCAUGCAGAACCAGAAGCGUGCUCGCACCAGAAUUAAUGAUGAACAGUUAAAAAUUCUCCGUAAACAUUUUGACAUCAAUAAUUCGCCAAGUGAGGAACAGAUUUUGAAGAUGUCAGAACAGUCAGGACUUCCCACAAAGGUCAUCAAACAUUGGUUCAGGAAUACAUUGUUCAAGGAAAGACAGAGGAACAAAGACUCCCCAUACAACUUUAACAACCCACCAUCAACUACACUGGAUCUUGAGGAAUACGAAAAAACAGGGAAACUUCCAAUGAUGGAAGAUAAAUUACUUGAAGAUGAUGUUGUCAUCAAGAAAGAAGAUGAAGAUGAUAUGCCAAUUCCUAUGGAAACCAAAAUUUCACCAUUAGAUGUCACUCCUGUUAUUUCUACUCCCCUGCCAAGUGUCCAGGAGAUAAAAACUGAGCCACGUAGUGCAGAGCCCCCACGACCUCAGACUCCUGAUAUGAGUGACAGUGGCGAGAGUAUGAUAAGUAUGUCUGGAGCCCCAUCAAUGACAUCAACACCAACACCAAACACAUUCAUUCUACCUCCCAUGGCACCCUGUAAUACAGAGGAAAUCCGACCCCGAUUUGAAUCCUCACCAUCAUAUUCCAAGAGAGCUAACCGUACACGAUUCAGUGAUUAUCAGGUUAAAAUUUUACAGGAAUAUUUUGAACAGAAUGCUUAUCCCAAGGAUGAUGAACUAGACCAUCUUUCAAACAUCCUUAACCUCAGUCCACGAGUGAUCGUUGUUUGGUUCCAAAAUGCGAGACAGAAAGCAAGGAAAAUUUAUGAAAAUCAACCACCCUCUGGAAGUGAUUCAAACCAGGAAAGUCAGGUUUCACCAUACAACAGAACACCUGGUCUCAACUACCAGUGUAAAAAGUGCUCCGCUGUGUUCCAGCGAUAUUACGACCUGAUACGCCACCAGAAAAAGUCCUGUAACUCAGAUGGUAGUGGUGAAAAGUCACAGACAUCCAUGAAUGUGACAGAGGACGAUAGCGACUCCUGGUCAACCUUAUCACAGGACGAUGCCAACCAAUCAGAAUCAGGCUCUGCCAACUCCCUCGAACAUUCCGCUGAUAGAGAUUCAGAAGGGAUCAAAUACAAGUGUGAGAAAUGCUUGCUAUCAUUUGAUAGAUUUGACCUAUGGCAAGAGCACCAGAAUGUUCACACAAUGAAUCCAAGUCUUUUCUCCGACCUUCAGUCAAACAGUGCAUUCGGUGUGCUGCAGUCAAUGGCUGCUGCACAGCAACAGGAGACAAAAAAUGUUCUCAAAAGAAAAUUGGAGGAGGAAAGAGAAGAGGAUAUGUAUGAUCAACCGAGGGACAAACGUUUGCGCACCACAAUUCUUCCUGAACAGCUGGACUAUCUGUAUCAAAAGUAUCAAGUAGAUUGCAAUCCCAGUCGCAAACAGCUUGAAAAUAUUUCCAAAGAUGUUGGCCUAAAGAAGCGGGUUGUACAGGUCUGGUUUCAAAACACUCGAGCAAGAGAACGCAAGGGGCAAUACCGCGCUCAUCAACAGCUGAUCCACAAACGCUGUCCAUUUUGUCGAGCAUUGUUCCGUGCAAAAUCUGCAUUAGAGUCUCAUCUUGCCACCAAGCACCCGGAGGAGAUGGCAAAGGGAGAAAUCAACAUUGACGCAAUUCCUGAUGCAGCCAUUGAGAGUCCAGGUGGGUCUCAACUGUCCCCGGGCUCACUAAUGUCACCCAGUGGAAGCUCUGUUGAACUAAACCGACUCAUGUCACCACCCAGGAUGCAAUCCUUCCUUCCGAUUAUGCAGCCGACCAGUAUGCCAAUGGGAAUGAAUUCCCUUGGCGAUCCUCUGCAGCUUUCAAUGAAACAGUUUUACGAGGAUUCAUUCAAGAAAUAUAUGACAGAGUUGAGUACUACUGGUCGUCAGAAGGAGACUUCAGUUACCACACCAACUGAAUUGAUUCCAACACCAUCAAAGCAUGAGACAAGUAGUAGCAGUAGUAGUAGUCAGCCCCGACUAAAUAGCACUGCUAGUGACUACGAGGCCCCACUUGACCUCAGCAAGCCCCUACGUGUGAACAUUGACACAGAGAAGUCCUCUGAUGGUGCCUCUACUGACCUCAGUGAUAGGAGUACCGAAGGAUACAGUUCAUCUCGAAGGUCAGACGAUAUGUUUACCAGCAAACAUUCCAUGAGUGAUAGUUUUAGUAGCAACAAGGAGACAAGCAAAUCCUCCUCUCCGUCUUUGGAGAGGUCCUCUCAUCUGACUCCACCCAUGGGCAAACGUUAUCGCACCCAGAUGACUAGUGUACAAGUGCGGAUUAUGAAACAGGUUUUUAUCGACUACAAGACUCCAACAAUGGCUGAAUGUGAAAUGUUAGGAAGAGAAAUAGGUCUACCGAAGCGUGUGGUACAAGUUUGGUUCCAGAAUGCCCGAGCUAAGGAGAAGAAACAUAAACUUACCAUGCCGAAUAGUUAUAGCAAUGUAGACUUCCACAAGCCUCCAGAGGAAUGUUCUCUGUGUAAAUUCAAAUAUUCCCACAAGUACACAAUCCAGGACCACAUCUUUACCAAGAAGCAUAUAGAGAAAGUGAAAAACUAUAUUCAGAACCAGUCGGACACUGAGCGGGAUAUUACCUCACACUCCCCCAUCCCUGACCCCAUUAGACAACAGCGGGACAUGGAGAGGAUGAGGAAGGCAUGGGAUGAAGCUACGGUAGCUGCAGCCUCCCAGCCUCACCUUUCACAGCUCCAGGCCAUGGGACUCAGUACACUAGGACUACCCCCUGCAUCCAUGUCAGGCUUGAGUGGGCCAUUUUUACCCAACGACCUGAUGCCAGAUGUGAAAAAAUUGGAGCACAAGAAAUCCAGUGAGAAAAGUACUGAGAAAAGAGAGUCAGACAAAAGGACACCAGUGAAGAAGGAGGCGACUUCCUCUGCUGAUGUCCAAAUGUCCCUUGCCAAUCUGAGUGCCCACCUGAUGUCACCAAUGGCCGGCAUGUUACCAGGGUUUGACCCAAGUAUGAUGCCAUACAUGUAUCCCGGGUUACCAAGUUACCUCCCAGGAAUGGGUAUUCCCUUCCUACAGCCUGGACUCAUCCCAGGUGCAGACCCAUUGUUACCGUAUGAUCCCCUCACAUUUGGAACACCUCUACCUUUACUUCAAAUUCCACAUCAAGCCAUAAAAGAUGUUGGUGUCAAACUGAUGGAACCGAAGGCAACAAUUGCUCAAUACACACAGGACUGCAAGUCCAUAUCCAGUCUACGCUCACUGGUGCGUGGCGUGGAUUACAGCUGUGCACGCGAGUCCACUGUCGAUGUGGGCUACAUCUGUAAGAAAUGCCAAAUGGUUUAUCCUGCUAAGGAGGCCUGUGUCACCCACCAGAGAACCAUCUGUUUCCCUGGCGGCAAAUACCCUGACAAUGUGAAUCCAAUGUUAAAACUGGAGCAGAUUCAGUAUGAGUGUCGACUCUGUACCGACACAUUCUCCACAGUACAGGAGUAUAAAACUCACUGUCAGCUGGACUCUCACAUGGCCAAAACUGCACGGCUACAGCAGAAAUCAUCCUCAUCUUCAACAUCGUCAUCGGCUAGUGUGGUGAAAUCGGUGGACGGUGGUUCAACAUCCGAGAAACACAUCACCAGGCCAUUAAGUACAAAGUCUCCAAGCUCUUCCAAUAACUUAUCAUCCUCCCCUUUGCCAAAAGCUGAUGCAAGUUUGAAUAUAUCAGGUUCCAGUAGUUUAGUAGAUGACAUAGCAGAGGAGGCGUCAAAUAAGACAGAAUGAACAAACAGGCAUGAAAACUGUCAGUGAGAUUUCUGGUCUAGGCCUAGCAUUUCAUUAUGUUUUUUUUGUAGUUGCUUUAAGCAAAGUGCUGUAAUAUUUCCAAUGCUGUGAAUGAACUUUAAUGUUGAUGUAGUUGUGAACAUAUCGUGCCGGUCGUAGGUGGUGUCAGAUAAUUUUUUGUUAUAGGUCCUACUUAUAUAAAAAUGUUCUAUAAUAUCUCAUAUUAAAUAUUGAGAUUGUGUUAAGAUGUUAUAUGAUAAUGUUGAUAAUUAUCAUUGUAUUUUUAAUUUUUUUUUUAGAUACAUUUAAACUGUGGUAGAGAAUAUGCUAAAGUAGAGUACUGUAAAAUUAGCCUCAAUUAUUAUAAUAAAUCGGUAAAUGUUCAAUUUUUAUACAUAUUUACAAGUAGUGAAUAAUUGUCAUUUAAGGUAGGCAAUAUAAUGAAAGUGUUAUACAUACAUAUAUAUAUAUAUAUGAUUAAGACGUAGAAUUAUCAUAACCUUGUAGCUGGUUAUAUACCAUUAUAGAGACUAAGGUGUAGACGGACUACAUACCAUAUUUCAUUGAUGGGUUUGGAAAAACACAAAUGAGAAAAUUACCCAAGAGGCUGAAGAUGUUAUUAAAAGAACUACACAUACACAUAUAUUAAAAUGUAUGAAUGAUUGGACCUUCAUAUAAAAGCAGCUAUAUACAUUUGUACUGAUAAAAAAUCAGGGUUCCCCAGGUACUGACAGCCGAUCAUCUCCGUAUGCUAGGGAGACAAUAAUUACACUGCAGUGUUGUGAGAGAAUCAUAAACCUGUUCAAUGUUAUCCGUUUAUCUCGAUAAGCAUUUUACCCACUAAAAGUUGUUCAAAUAUUUUCACUCAAGAUCUUAAACAUUUAAAUCUUUUCAUGGGUGUUCCAAUUCUUCAGAAGGUACUACACUACCUUCUUUAUGUCCUGUUUUCACAUUGUUUUGUUGAUAACUCCUAUAAGAUUUGUUUAUUUACAACUUAUAUGUUGGCUCAGCCCAUAAGGCAUCUCUCAGGCCUAAAACCCAGUUUCACACUGUUUUUCAAGUAUGGUUCCUUAAAUGUAAGGAGGCAAGUCUGUGUAGGCCUUUAUACAAUUGUUAACUACAUUUCUUUUAUACUUGUAGUCUAUCGUUGAUGAUGUUUCAAAUUUCAAAGAGUACAAAAAGUGAACAUCUAUGACUAUAACAAGUCAAGUAUGAUUAUAUGGGUGUUAUGUCCAUGACGUGAGAAUUCUGUGCCACCAUCAAAAUUAAACAGCUGUUUGUAACCCAAUUGAGUAGAAUUGAUAGCUACCAUUCACCAUUUCUCUCAUUUGUUAAAAUACAUUUACAAGAAAACAAAUAGAUUGAUUUCAUAGGCUGAGAUAUCUUUUAGUAUUAAAUAGAGAUUUUCCAUGUUUUUGAAACUUUUUGUGCACUCUGAAUGCUGAAAUAUGUGUAUAAGUACAAUGACUGUGUCCCCUCUUUAGUAGGUUUUGGUGCUGGUUUGUUUGUAUAUUAAAUACAAUUGGAUUGGUUAGAACUGAUUUGUGUGUAUGUUAUCUAUGAUAUGAUUGGUCAAGCUAGAUGUAUCUCUUUGGUUAAUGCAGUUUAAUCUGUAUAGUAUGUAUGACUGGUUUGGUUGAUACAGAUGUUAUCUGUUACCUGAUUGGUUGAUGCAGAUGUUAUCUGUUACCUGAUUGGUUGAUGCAGAUGUUAUCUGUUACCUGAUUGGUUGACACUGAGGGGUGCCAGUUAUUCUUAGUGAAUGGAUCUUCUUCUAUUGUUGAUACCUUUGUUAUUGAACAAGAUUGUUGUUAUUUUUUCCUGUUUUACUAUAUCUACAUUGUGAUCAUUUAUAAUUAAAUUAAAUUUAAAUUCAUCUUGAUAGUCUGAGCGCCAGUGAUAAAAUUUUUAUUCCUAGUUGAAGGUUUGUCAUAUAUGUUGAUAGAUAUAACCUGUAUGUCAUCCAUAUUUUUUCUGUUACCCUAGUAACAGUUCUUUGUUCCAUGUCAUCCAUAUUUGAUCCCUAAGUGUAUGGUAUAGUGAAUCCUUGUAUUGUUAGAUAUAAUACCCACGUCAGGUCAAUGACGAGCCCCAGUCCCUGCAAUAUCGCAAUGUUGUGUAUUACUUCAUCCCAUCUUAUAAUCCCCAUUUAUGAAAACUUUUUUUUUUCAAAACAAUUAUCUUUAGACAUUAUCGAUAUGAGCUUGCAGUUGGCCAUUUGUGAAGCUAACGUAGCAAGGUUAGAUGUUGAUUGUGUAUAUAUUUGUUUUAGAACAUAUCUACAACCCCAUGUAUGUGUGUCGUACGUGUGUAUGUAAUCGGUACACAUGUAUCUGUAUGAUAGUCAGACCACAUAUCUUACAUCAUAUAUCUUAUACUUUCAUUAAUAAUCACUCAUCGAUAGACUGCCCGGAUAUAUCAUUGUUUAUUUCCAGUAUCAUUAUCAUGUAUUCGAUUAGCAUGUUAUUAUGUUGCUGGGCACGAUUGGUUGAUUAGAAUGAUUGUAUGAAUAAUUGAAUUGUAUACAAUACAUGUAUAUAUAUAUUGAUACAUUAGGGUAACGCAAUGGUGAUCUUAUUAUCAAGUACCGAAUCGGAUCUCAGAUCAAACUCUUUUUUUCUCUCUCUCUCUUGUAUAAUUAUGAUUUUGACCUUGUGAAGUGAAAUCCCAACCUAUCCCUGUUCAUUCUGUAGCCUUUGACCUUUGAUCAACUUGUCGUUUCUCAAUUUGACCUUUAACCCUUACAAUAUAUAGUCCCCCAUGUAAUUGUAUUUGUCUGUCUAUACAGACAGAAUAUGCCAUUCUUCUGGAAUAGGGGAUAUCAGGUACUGUAAACUUCAGGAAUUGUAAUUGUACUAUACAUCAGUAGUUGUGUAUACUUGUCUGUUAGAAUGAUGUUGACUACUUCCUUUACAUAUAAAUUUACCUUUUUUCAUUUAUUCAUUAUAGCAUUUCAAAGUCCUAUUUUUUUUCAAAUUCCUGUAUUUAGUUGUAGGGAUAAUCAUGUCCAUUGAGUAUCUGCCAUCAUGUAUGGUACUUAUUUAGAUUCCCCCUUUGAUCCCUAACAUCUUGACAUGGGAUUCUACUUUCCAUUGUCUAGGGCCAAACUAUAUCAGAUUUUGGGGGUCAAAGGGUGGUAUGUUAGAUGAUUUUAAUUAGGCUAACUAUAGAUUUUUUUUCUGUUAAAAAUUGCAAUCUCAUAGUUGUUAAAUUGUUGUACCUUUGUUAAACCUUAAGGUGCUCAUCAUAAGUUACCCUGUAGGAAAAAACCUUACAAGGUUCAUCACAUAGGGACUUUUUUCUGCUUUUUAUUUCUGUUCUAUUAUUUUUUUCUGAUGAACAGAAUUCAAUUUUGUUCUAUUGAAUUAUAUUUGUUUUGCUAUAUGUAGCAAGCAGUCAAUAUUUUAUUAAACUUUUUGUCCUUUUUUUGGGUACUGUUGACUGUUUUAGACAUUUUAAGAAAAAGUUACAUGUAGUCUGCUUUGCAAAUAUAAAGGAAGAAAAUAAAUAUAUCAUAACGAUA